AUGGCUGGUGUGAUCAUGAUCUCCGAAUGGACCAGCAUCUAUGAACAGUAUUCCCAGACAGGAGUCCAACCGCAGUAUGCACAGAAGGCCUUUUUCGCCAAGAGAGAAGCUCAGCUGGAAGAGUACCUUGGCCAAGCUGCACUCGCAGUCGCUCGUGGCUGUCGAGACUGGUGUGCUACUGACGAUGAAGAGAUCAGGUGGUCACAAAGGUGCUACUGGCAACCACAAAACCACUUGCGUUUGCAAAAGAGCGCUAUUUUGGGGUCUUUGAGGCUCCUGAGGUUUGGAAUGAUUUGUUGCAAGGUGGCCUCCUGCCCAAUCAUCUGA